ACAAGCUGGGGUAGAGGAAGUUCUAGUCAUACUGUACAAUGUGAAAUUAAUUAUCUAGAAAAGGUAGCAAAUUUCAAAAUUUGUUUUGGAGAUAAUUUUCAAACCUGUGUAAAUUCUGCACAAUCAGCAACAGAUGCAGCAAAUGCUUAUUUAAAAGUAAAGAAUCCUAACACAAAAGCUAAACUUUCUGGAGUUCAUAUUUUUUGUCUUAAUUGUCAAGAAUUAGAAAGAAAUCGUGAAAAAAAACAUAGAACAUCAUUUCACAAACCAUUUAAUGACCUAAGUAACACAACAAAAAUCAAGCGAGCACGUGUAUUUAGUGAACAAGUGGCAGUUAAUUUUAAUAAUAUAGCAAUCAAUUGUUUUCAUCCUGAUGAUAAACCAGUAUUACAAGAAAUCCAUUUUUCCAUUCAAGGAAAAAAUAAUUUUCAAGCUAAUUUUGGAGCUCAAGAUAUAGAAAAGGAAAAUCAAAGAAAUGAGGCAUUUACCAAAGUAAUUGAUCAAGGACCUAUUGCACGAAACUCUUAUCGAAACCUAGCUGCACUUCAACCUGAAUUACCACGUGAAAAGGCUAUUUAUAAAACAAAAAAAAAGAUUAAUGAAGAAAUGAACCAUGCAAUUCCUGUAUCAAUUUUGAACAUAUCAGAGCUUUCACCUCUCAAAUCAAUUAAUGAGGAUCCAAAUAUUAAUGAUCCAGAGGUUGUAGAAGUUUUAAAAUAUAUUGGCAAAGCUGGAUAUCGUCAAAUUACAGAUAUUUUACUUUUUAUAAUUCCAGGUCUUGUAAAAAAACACAUCCUUAAUCCUGAUAAUCUAGUUAUUAAUUUGCGUAUAUCUGGUGAUGGUCGCAAUGUAGGCAGAAAAGUGAAACAUGUGAUGGUCACAUGUGCUGUUUUGGAUGAUAUAUCAAAUAUUUACAAGGCUGAUUUUCAUUACACCAUUAUUUUAUAUCCAGGUGUGGAAAAUUAUGAAAUAUUACAAAAAGUAAUGGAACCAAUGAUUAAUGAAUUACAUAAUUUAGUAACAAAUGGUUUAAUAGAUUCUAAUGGAAUAAAAUGGAGGAUUGAACCUUAUUUUAGCAGUGAUUUGAAAUUUUUAACUAUUAUUUUAGGUUUUAAUGCUGCAAAUGCUAAUUACUUUUGUCCAUGGUGCUUGUGCAUGAAAAAGGAUAUAGGUAAUAAGGAAAAGGCUUACAAAAUUGAAAAAAAUAUGGAUCAAUUACAAACUCCAAAUCCACCACCUGGACAUCUUAAAGUUCCUAUCCUUCCUAUGAUCCCAUUAAAUAAUUAUGUACCUGAUGAGCUCCAUGUAAUGUUAAGAAUUUGGGAUCGAAUGUGGGCCUUAGUAAUUCAAGAACUCAAAUCCAAAAAUCAAUUUAAUGAUCAUACUCGAGCAAAAAUUAUUGCUGAAAUGCAUAGAAUUUCAGUACGGUUUCAUUUUUGGCAAGACCAAGGAACACAAAACUGGGCUUAUACAUCAUUAAUGGGAGACAAAGAAAUUGUAUUGGAAAGUUUUAAUUUUGAAGUUGUUUUUGAUGAAGAACGUGCACCUUUAAUUAAUCAUUUAUGGAGAAAUUUUUUUCAUCUUUAUAAAGAUAUGAAAAUCCCUGGAACCAAUCCAACUCAAUUUUCAAAUCAAGCAAAACAAUGGUUAGAUUUAUUCCUUACUCCCUCUCAAGGUGAACCUAAUACUACUACAUUCAAAAUGGGUCUUUAUCGUCCAAAAGAUGUCACACCAUACAUACAUGUUUUAAUUCACCAUUUGCCUGAAUUUAUGGAACAACAUCAACAAUUUGGAUUAGGUGCUUUUUCUUGUGCUCCUGUAGAAAAAAAAAACCAUGAUCAAGUUUCUGCAUUUUUUCGAAAAACAAUGAAAGAUGGAGGAAAGGGAGCAGAAAGAAAAUCUGCUAUUGUUGAGAUUUUAGAUUAUGAGAAUCGGUUAAUGUAUUUUACUCAUAAGGGUACUAUAGAAAAAUAUCCCAAGCCACACAAGAUUCACAUUAAAAAGUUAUAA